AUGCCUGCAAUUUACAUUUGCCUCUGUCACUGCUUCUGCCAAGACAUCCGACAACACAGCGUCUGUAAGGAGGAGGAGUUUCUCACUGACCAGCUGCUUUGUAGCCAGGAGACGAACAGUCUGGACCAGGAGCACCCAGAGCCUCCACAGAUUAAAGAGGAGCAUGAGGAAUUCUCCACCAGUCUUGACCAGGAAGAUCAAGAGCCAUCACAGAUUAAAGAGGAACAGGAGGAAUUCUGCACCAGCCUGAACCAGGAAUAUCCAGACCCUCUACAAAUUAAAAAGGAACUGGAGGAUCCAGAGCUACCAGGGGUUAAAAAGGAACAAGAAGAAUGCUGCAUCAGUCUGGACCAGAAGGAAUCAGAGCCUCCAAAGAUCAAAGAUGAACAGGAGGAAAACUGCACCAGUGUGGACCAGGAGGACCUAAAGCCUUUGCAAAUUAAAGAGGAACAAGAGGAUUUCUGCACGAGUCAGGAGGGAGAAGAGCUUGCACUGAAACAGGAGAUUAAUAUCUUUAUCGUGACUUCUGAUUAUGAGGAAAGUGACCAAAGUGAACCAGAACCAAGCAGUGACAAGCUCCUCUCUCACAACUCUCCUGUAGCUCAAAGUCCAGAUCAGGACGGAAACAAUGUUGUAGACUCAGGAUCAAGUAGAAAUUCACAACUAAAGACAAAGAAGAGAUAUCGCAGAAACAAAAUUCACAAUGUGGACAACUCUUCCAUGUCAGAGAGUCAGUGUGAUGACACAGUGAAAAUGUCUUUAAAAUGUGAUGUUUGUGAAAAAACUUUUCCUUAUAAAUCCAAACUGCUCAUACAUCAGAGAAGUCACACGGGUGAGAAACCAUAUGCCUGCAAUAUGUGUGAGAAAAGGUUUAUAAACAUUGCAAAUUUGAAAAGGCAUGUGAUGAUUCACACAGGUGAGAAGCGGCACUCCUGCAAUACAUGUGGGAAAAGGUUUAGUCAGAUAGACGUAUUCAACAUUCACAUGAGAACACACACAGGUGAGAAACCAUAUUCAUGCAACACUUGUGAGAAAAGAUUUAAUGGCAUUGGUAAUUUGAAAAGGCACAUGAUGAUCCACACAGGUGAGAAGCCUUAUGCCUGCAGUACCUGUGGAAAAAGAUUUCUCUGUACAUCAAAGUUAAAAGCACAUCUGAUGAUUCACACAGGUGAGAAACCAUAUGUUUGCAACACAUGUGGGACAAAAUUUACUGAGCGGUCAACCUUGAAUGGUCACUUAAAAAUCCACACAGGCGAGAAGCCAUAUUCUUGUAGUACCUGUGGGAAAAGAUUCAGUCGAAUGACAAACUUAAGAAGGCACCAAGGAGUUCAUACAGAUUAAAAGUUUCAUACUAACAAGAUAUGUGGGAGAGCUUUCUGACUAUGUGGCAAAUUGAUGAGAUGAACCCACACUCUGGGAAACUCAAUCACUGCACUACCCGUGUGACAAAAUAUAAACACUAUGUCCUUUCUCUUCAGAACAGCAAAGACUCCUGAGCUUUGUGUUUUUCAUGUAUUCUGCUUAUUAUUGGUAUGGAUUCUCAAUCAUCCAUGUCAUGAUAGUCCUAGGACCUUCAGUAAAAACUCACUUGGCUUCUCUUUAGCUUUUUGUUGUUACGGGAGGAAAACCUGUGAAUUUUAACUGAAUCCAAUUGUCUUAAUAAACAAAAGUGAUACAAACACCACUUGUAGAUUACAUGUUUUGGUUCAUGGUGCUGUAAAAAUGAACAGACUCUGGUUCAAAUGUUGUAAUAAAAAUAUUUUUGGGAAACCUGCAAAGUGCUUAAACUGAGCAGUAAAAUUCCUUGAAAGAUCACUGCAUUGUUCUUGUAAAUAAUUCAGGCUGUAACAAAGAGGUACUUUGUUACGGGCUGUUUGUAAAUAGCGCAGGGGUUUUAGAGAACAUGGAGCACUUUAGCAAUGCACAU